AUGGCCGACGGCGCAGCGGCUGCAGCCGCACCGUCUCUUCCGCGCAACUCGGCGCACACCGCUGUAGAGCAAGUUUCAGGCGUCAACUGUGCGGAUCGACCCGAUGUGGCGGGGGACUCCCUUGCGUUUUUCGAAGCUGCCCAGUCACUAAUCAAGAUCGCGGCCACUGGCGCCGCAGCACCGGCGGAUAGUGCCUUGCCUUGGCCACCGCCGCCGUACGUGAGUCCAGCGCGAACGGCAGUCGAAAUUCUCUCGUCUGCGGUGUAUAGACACCUGGGCUCGCGCGUUCUGCCGGUUGGUUGUCGAGCGGUGGACGAGUAUUUGAACGGCGGAGUUCCACGGAGUAGGGUUGUCGAGAUCGCCGGCAAGGCGGGCUGCGGGAAAACGCAGUUUGCCUUGUCGCUGGUGUCAGAGACAGUUCUUCAGAGUUGCUUCAACGAGCGAGGAGGCUGUUCCGAAACGCGUCUCUGCGAACCCACGGCGAGGCAGCCCUCCGCUGCCGGCUCCGCGCUGCUGUCGCUUACGGAGCAUGCUGCGGACUCGCCGGAGCUCGCAGAGGCUGAAAAGCCCACUGCCGUGUUCUACAUCCACACAGAGGGCGGUUUCCCGGUUCAGCGGCUGCACGAAAUCAUGAAUUCUCGACGCGACCUGAGGGCAAGGGGUGGCGAGUCCUCUCCGGCUCGGCCACCAGUGGCGCACGCGGGUGUUGUGAACGCUGGCCCCCUCCCGGUGCCACCCACAAAGGCUCUGAUGCAGCGUGUGUUCAUGGAAGAAGUUGCCACUGAAGAAGAGCUGUGGAUCACUCUGACGCGUCGGCUACCGAGGCUGUUUCUGUCUUACCGCGUGGCGCUGAUCGUCAUUGACUCGAUCGCAGCCGUUUUCCGCCUGCCCACUGCGAGUGCAGAGCCGCCGGGCGCCCCGGAUCCCUGGCAGGGUUCAGAGUCGAGAAAAAAGGUGGCUGGUCUCGUGGAUCGCGCCACCAAGCUCAUGCGGAUUGGUGCAAUUCUGCGGAGGUUCGCGGCGACUCACGGGUGUUGCUGUCUCGUUCUCAACCAGGUCAGCGACACGACUUCCGACGAGGAAGGCUUCGACCUCAGCCUCUCGACUGCGUCGCGCGCACCAGCCUCUCCCAGAUCUCCGGGCGGGGAGCGGCCGACGGCGGAUGGCCCCGAGGGCGGAACAGACCAGAAAGGGGUUCCCCGCGCAACUCUUUCUUCUCCGCAGUGCGUGUGGCGGAGUGUUUCCGCGGGGAUUGACGGCGAGCUAGCUUGGUCGAGUCGCCAAGUGGCCCCCAGACGUCUUCUCUUUGGAGGGGAAGAUCCAGGAGUGAGACCCGCACUCGGGUUGACCUGGAGCAACUGUGUCGAUUGCCGGAUGAUGAUUCACAGAAUGGAAGGGCGGGUAAGGCCCGUUCUCGACACGGCCAGAGCAGAGGGCGAGGCGCCGCGUUCUCCCACUCAUGGUCCAUUACGGUGCCUACGGGUUGUGUUCGGCUCUGGCCUCGACAACGCAACUGACACCUUUUUUAGAAUCGACGCUGGAGGCAUUGCUGAUCCGUGA